AUGACAAUUGAGGCCUACUCCGUUCCAGCUGAGUCCGAAGCCCUUCUCCGGAAGGGGAUUCUGGAGAACCCCGUGUUAUCCUCCAAUAUCCCUUCCAAUGCUGAUUACCUGGCGAGCUUUGUAAAGCUUUCCGGUAACGCAAAGCCAAACCUGCCAGUCAAUUGGCGUUUUGCUGAGAGUAUAUCAUCUCUCAAGGGCCUCGAAGCUAUUUGGCUUAAUGCUCUGCUGGAAGCCAAGUACAAGCAGAGCCCAGUAAACAUUGAGAUCGAUACCGACCAUGCCUCCCUGUUUAUCAUGUCACUAUUGCUUGUAGAUGUCGUGGACGAAGAGGGCAGGCCUUUCAAGAAAAACGUGUCUCCGGUUGAGCGCCUGAUGUCAAUUUUCCCUACCCCAGGAGAAGACCUUGACCAGGGAUCUCCGCUACGUGCUGCCGUUACCAGUAUCUACAAGACGAAGGAUUCUCGCUUUUACCAUGUCCAUGGAGGUAUGAAUGCCAAUCCAUCCUUGACUGCCUUGGAGAUUCCACUAGACCACCCGGUUUCAUCAAUGGCAAGGGCAUUCAAGUUGAUUCAAGACCAUGUUUUGCGACAUGAUUCGAAUGAGCUUGACGCUCUAAUGAAUGAGACCUAUCGCCAGGCUGGAACCGCCUGUCUGACCACCGAAGAAUACAAGGCCAGUAAACAUGGAAAAGCGAAUGCAAAUGCCGGGCUCUAUGAGUUGACGCAUAUCCCCAACAGGACCCAAAAGCCCACUUGGUGGCAGGAAACUUCAGAUACUGAAGUCAAGCGUCCACUGGCGGGGUUGAAAGUCCUAGACCUGACUCGCGUUAUUGCUGGGCCUUCGAUAUCAAGAGGCCUAGCAGAGUGGGGAGCAAGUGUGAUGAGAGUCACUGGCCCAGGGGUCUUGGAUUUCUACCCCUUACAUGCGGAUCUUAACUGGGGAAAAUGGAACUGCUCUAUUGAUCUCAAGACUGAGACAGGAAAAGGACAGCUACGUAACCUGAUUCAAGAGGCAGAUGUUGUCUUGGAUGGUUACCGACCUGGCGUGAUGGAAAAGUUGGGAUUUGGUAGAGACGCUGUGCUAGAACUUGUCAAGGAUCGGCCAGUUGGCCUUAUUUAUGCUCGCGAGAAUUGCUACGGCUGGCAUGGUUCUUGGAAAGAUCGGAGUGGCUGGCAGCAAAUUAGUGAUGCGGUUUGUGGAGUAUCAUACGAAUAUGGCCGAGCAACCGGACAAGAUGAGCCGGUCACUCCCAUUUUUCCUAACUCAGACUUCUGUACUGGUGUUAUUGGAGUCUGUGGUAUUAUGAACGCUCUCAUUGAGAGAGCAGAGAAGGGCGGAUCAUUUUACAUGGAUACUUCUCUCAACUACUAUUCCCAGUGGCUAGUCAACUCGGUUGGUGUUUACCCUGAUGCAGUCUGGAAGGAUGUCUGGGAAAGACAUGACCGUCUAGCCUUCCGUCACUACCAUAAUAUGCCGGUCAUGAUUCCGGCUGUUAUGGAGUCCCUUCUCAGGAACAGCGCAGCUCAUCUAUUCCAGCCGCGGUUCUUUGAAGUUCGCUACUCGGGCGCCGUUGAUCGUCAUUUCAAAGCUCUCCGCCCGAUUAUCUCAUUUCCCGAUAAAGACGUCACUCCUCGUUUCAAUGUUGGCACAAGGACCAAUGGACAUGAUGCUGCACAGUGGCCGGAAGAUCUUCAAAAAGAAGUGAUAGUAUAG